GGCGGUGUGUUGGAGCCGCUGUUCCUGGGCUGGCACGUUCCACGUUAUAUAUUUUGUAUCAAGACAUAACGUUGGAGACCGUCUACGAAGUAUUUAAUUGGAAACAGUUUAUCUAAAACAUUUAGCUAUUUUCAGCUCCAGAUUCCCAACGAUUUAUAAAUAAAACACCAUAAAAUGGCGGUGGUGAGCGGGAUGUCAGGGUCGGCAGUCGCCCGGCUUGAGGGCCGAGAAUUCGAGUAUCUUAUGAAGAAGCGCUCGGUAACCAUCGGUCGAAAUUCUUCUCACGGGUCUGUGGAUGUCAGCAUGGGUCACUCAAGUUUUAUUUCACGAAGACACCUUGAAAUAUUUACUGCGGGCGAAGAUGGCGCGGGCAGCGGCGACUUCUAUCUUCGAUGUCUCGGCAAAAAUGGGGUGUUUGUGGAUGGGGUGUUCCAAAGGCGAGGGGCUCCUCCUCUGCAGCUUCCACGAAUGUGCACUUUCCGUUUCCCCAGCACAAACAUCAAGAUCACUUUCACAGUUUUGGCAACUGACAAGAAGGAACGAAGGAACGCCCCCGAGUCCCCAGUGAAAGCGGUUCAGCCUCAGAUAUCCCCGCUGACCAUUAACAUUCCGGACAACAUCACUCACCUGAUGAGUCCCCUCCCUUCCCCCACCAGCACCAUCAGUGCUGCCAACUCCUGUCCGUCCAGCCCCAGAGGGGCGGGGUUGUCCAGCUACAGGAUGGGACGCGGACUCACUGCCGAAUUCAUCGGGGACAACUCUCAGUCAGAGAAUGACAAAGACGCCUCAGGAGGGGACAGUCCAAAGGAUGACUCUAAACCCCCUUACUCGUAUGCACAGUUGAUUGUCCAAGCGAUCACAAUGGCACCAGACAAGCAACUCACAUUGAAUGGCAUCUAUACGCACAUCACUAAAAACUACCCGUAUUAUAGGACUGCAGAUAAAGGCUGGCAGAACUCAAUCCGUCACAAUCUGUCACUGAACCGCUACUUUAUUAAAGUGCCCAGAUCCCAGGAGGAACCAGGCAAAGGGUCUUUCUGGAGAAUAGACCCCUCAUCGGAGGGCAAGCUCAUAGAGCAGGCCUUCAGGAAGCGAAGGCCUCGGGUGCCGUGCUUCAGGACUCCGCUAGGUCCCCUUUCUUCCAGGAGUGCGCCCGCUUCUCCGAACCAUGCAGGGGGGCUCUCCGCCCACUCCAGCGGGGUGCAGACCCCCGAGAGCUUAUCGCGAGAAGGCUCUCCCAUUCCCAUGGAGCCUGAGCCCACCCCUGCCCCCACUCCAGCCGCCGCCUCUACCGCUCCUGUCCAGCCCAAGCUUGCAGUCAUUCAAGAGGCACGCUUCACCCAGAAUGCCCCUGGGUCUCCCAUGGCCGGCCAGCCAGUCCUAAUCACCGUUCAGCGGCAACUCCCCCAGACCAUUAAGCCGGUGACCUACGCCAUGGCCUCGCCCGUCUCCACCCCCUCCUCCUCAUCAUCCUCCUCGCCCCAGCCCACCGUGGUGCAGACGUUACACGUGGUUCACCAGCUCCCGGCUGUGGCAGUCACCACGGUGGCCAGCCUCACCGCCGGCGCUACCUACACGGCCAACGCCGCCUACACUGCCAACGCCCAGUCGGGGCAGCAGAACGGUGGUGACCACUCGGAGGUCAAAGUGAAAGUAGAAGCGAUGCCUGCCAUCUCAAACGCCUCUAUAGGUGGGGCCAGUCGCUUCAUUCAGACCUCCCAGGGCACACCCCUCCAGACUGUUACCUUGGUGCAGCAGGCUCCAUUGGGUCAGCACCAACUGCCAAUCAAAACCAUCACACAGAACGGCACGCACGUAGUGCCCAUCAGCGCUGCCAUCUCAACUGCAGGAAACACGGCAGUGGCAAGUCCCCUCCACUUACUGGCAACCCACGCCUCGGCGUCGGCCUCCCUGCCAACCAAGCGCCAAAACGGAGAGCCGUCAGAUCAGUCGGAGCCCAAGAAGCUCAAAACUGAGGACGAGACGGAAGGUGGAGGAGUCUUCGCCGUGACUACAGACAGAGACAAGCAGGCGGUCAACGAAUAGGGCUUCUCCUUCCAUUCUCAUCCUGUUACCCGCGAGUCUCUCAUUUCUUGUUUUCUCUUCCCCAUUUUUUUUUUUGGCCAUAAUCAUUUUCCAUCAUUACUUAUUUCACCGAUUUCAAUGGUGCCAAAAAAAGGAAACCACAUGUUUUAAGAACAGAUGGAUUGGGAAAGUGUCAUCUCUGAGUUCGUAGGCGAAGUGGAAAGACAAUGCGUUUGGUGCAAAAAUGACCAGGAAGGCCGAGGAACGCAAACAAAAGGAAGGAUAACUUCAAGUGUACAGUGAGCAAAGCACAUGAAGCCUUUACACAUAACCAGAAAUAAAACUGUAUUUGAACCCCAAGGCCUACCUAAACUUCAUAGAACAACCACCCAGGUCUUCAGGAGGUUCUAGAACCUUCCACCUCCACUACCUCUUUGUGGACUGGAAAUAAAAAGGCAAAGGGAUGAUGGUUGGACCUUUCCAAAUUUGAAUGACUUAUCAGAAAGCAUGACACAAUCAAAACACUUUAGAAGUGAGAAUAUGUCUCUAAAGUCGUCAUCCAAUGCUAUUUUGUAUGCAGAUAUUCACAGUGGCUUACAGCCAGUUUUGUUUUGAAGUGGGGACUGCAACUUCUUUACCUGAUCCAUGGACACAACCAUACUGCUGCUAUUUAUGAAGUCCUUUAGAAAAGAAGUUGCAGUGGAUGAAGGAGCAAGUCUUCAAAGCGUCAUGACCAUGUUGUUUGUUGACAAACAAACAAGCAAGCAAAAGUUCUCAUGUUGUGUAACAGAUUGGAAUAUCUUCUAUUCUAUUUAGUAGCAUAAAAACACCUAACCUUGGAACCGCCAAGGUGUUCCAAAUUAAGUUCCACAAUAGGAGAAUGUGUGGAACUAUUGUCCUGUACCAUGGCAGCUAGCCUUUAUGUAAAACCUACCUAAUGCAGUCCUAACUAGAUAUGCAGUAUUUUGUGGUACAUGUGUAUCAUAGUCUUAUUUGUGUGUGUUUUUCCAUUUACCAAGGCACCCAAAAGCAACUGGGACAACACCAGAAUGGGAUCUUCUCACAUUCACAAGCAUUCAAGUUUUAGGGUUUAAAAAAAAAAAAAAAGAAAAAAAAAACAGACUCUAACUUUAUCAGAAUGAAUGUAGUUUCUCUGUAAAAGAAAAAAAACAAAACACUAUUGAUACAGUGGAUUUGUGUUUAUUUUUCUGUUGAGUCCAAAUUAUGUUUUUUUUUUUGUUACAUCUAAAGUUUUUUUUUUUUUUUUUUUUUUUUCAUAUUUUAACAAAUAACCUAUAAGAUAAGAGAUAUAUUUCCAUUCGUAUUUGAACAAAACACUUCAUCUGAGCUUGCAUGUUUAAUGAGUAGAGAAACCUAUACAGGACCUGAGCAGAACCCCCUAAGGAACUGUGAAGAAACUUAAAAAAAGGAAAUAUUUUCCUGCGUGAUUUCCAACCAGAGCUGCACUUACCUUGUCCCUAUAUCUCUGACAUCCUCUUUUCCCUCUCCUUUUAAUUCUUUUUUUAUGUUUUCCCUGUCUGCGGUGUUUGUACUUUGUGUUGAAGUUGGCAAUGUCUUUGCCCAAUUUUUUUUUUUUUUUUUUUUUUUUUUAUAAAAGUCUGCUCAGAUUGGACAAAAAAAAGUUUAUUCAAAUGGUAUAUGUUCCUUAAGGAGAAAAAUAAGUGAUAGAUGUUUGUUCUGCUUCAGUGGGUAAAUGCCUUUUAUAUAUUAAAUUAAAAAAUAACUAAUGUA